UGGUGCGUAUCCAGCCAGUGCGUGUGUGGGACAGUCCCUCUCCCCGCCCCACAUUCCCAUCAUGAGUGGGUCCGGUCCCGUCCCACUGCAGGCCGGGAAUCGAGAAUAAAUAUCCUCGGAUUCAUGAUCGUACACACAGAAACACGGAGGAGAGAGAGAGAGAGAAACAGCGCGAGUCUCUGGAUUAAGACGCUUUUUACGCACAUUGCACAGGAACGAGAGUGGGGAGGAUUUCACAGAAGCAUCUGAAUGACAACAUGAGUUUAUUACUAAAAGUGUUGCUGCUUCUACCUGCUCUAUACUGUUCUGCAGAUAAUACAGAGUUGCAUCAGAGACAGAAACGAGGUUCACGUCUUUAUAAUGAGGUUUGUGUGGACACUGAUUCGGCCGCGAUCAGGGAGACUGGGGUGACGUGGUUGCGAUGGAGGGGUCUGAAAGUCGAAUUCUGCCGCUGCGCCUUGCGAGGAAGAGUGCGCUGUCAUGAAAUACCAGUUACCAAAUGUUUUGUGUCUAAGUGUUAUAACGGAGGGGUGUGUAAAGAGGCUGUUUACUCCAGUGACUUUAUCUGUCAGUGUCCGCCAGGAUAUAAAGGCACCCAGUGUGAAAUCAAUACGGGUGAGAGAUGUGCGACGGGUCAGGGCUUAGGUUACCGUGGCACCUGGAGUAUGAGUGCGUCAGGACUGGAGUGCAUUAACUGGAAUUCCAGUUCACUCCGUGGAAAGAAAUUCACGGCCAGGAGAACAGAAUCUAGCACACUGGGGCUGGGCAACCACAACUACUGCAGGAAUCCGGAUGGAGACACUAAACCCUGGUGUUAUGUUUAUAAAAGAGCUCAGAUCACAUGGGAAUUCUGCUCUUUACCGACUUGUAUAACAGAUCCCAUUAAGGAGUGUGCACGAGGGUCAGGUCAGUCUUACAGAGGUACAAAGGCGGUCACACGCAGUGGUUUGAAAUGUUUACCGUGGGAUUCAGCCGCUGUGUCUCAUAAGAUUUACAACGCAUGGAGAUCAGAUGCCAGAGAGUUGGGCAUCAGCAGUCACAACUUCUGCAGGAAUCCAGACGGUGACCUCGGCCCCUGGUGUCAUGCUUAUAAAGGUUCACAGCUGAUCUGGGAACUCUGUGAGGUCCCCAAAUGCCCCAAGAAAACUCCAUCAAGAACAACGCUUGGACCACGAGCCCCUACAACCAGCAACAACCAAGGCACCUGUGGUCAGCGCGUUGAAUCCCUCUCAAACUCUCUGCCCAUGUUCCGGAUACACGGUGGUCAGGCCAGUGACAUCAGAGAGCAGCCGUGGCAGGUGGCCAUCAAUGUAUAUCUGCCCCGUUUAAAAUCGUAUAGCUUCCUGUGUGGGGGUGUGCUCGUCGACUCCUGCUGGAUUCUAUCAGCCGCUCACUGCUUCCAGGAGGGGUUUGGAGAGAAUCGUCUGCGGGUGAUUUUGGGUCGGACCUUCAGACUUCAGAAUUCAAGCAGUGAGCAGAUCUUUGAUGUAGAGAAGUACUGGACCCAUGAACAAUAUGACGAUGACACUUAUGAUAAUGACAUAGCUCUGCUCAAGUUAAAGAGUGAUUCUGGUAUCUGUGCGGUGAACUCCCCUGAAGUUCUGCCAGCGUGUUUACCAGAACCGAACCUGGUUUUACCCGACUGGACAGAGUGUGAAAUCUCUGGUUAUGGGAAAGAGGAAGAGUUUUCUGAGUUUUACGCCGAGAGAAUCAAGCGAGGUCUUGUACGGUUGUGGCCGCAGGACCAGUGCGUUCCCGAGAAGCUCUCCGGGCGUCUGGUGACAACAAACAUGCUGUGUGCAGGAGACACGCGCGGUCUGGACGACGCGUGCAAGGGAGACUCCGGCGGUCCUCUGGUGUGCCCGAAGGAUGGCAGAAUGACACUGAUGGGUUUGAUCAGCUGGGGCGAUGGUUGCGGGAAGAAAGACACGCCUGGCGUUUACACACGCGUCACAAACUACACAAAGUGGAUCUCUGGCAAGAUGAGAUCUAACUGAGACAUUAUCAAACAUCAUUAACACACAAACUACAGUGACCGUUGUGUACUGAAAAUAAAUAAGGCAAUGGACUUUUCAUGUACCUACCUUAAAGUCAGCUUGAACGUGCAACCCAUUUUACUAUUGUAAUGUGAAAUAUUUAAGAGUGUAACAGGAUGGUCAAUGAUGAAAAACCAGAAUGGAGUCAGACCUGCAUGUGAGUUUACUAAAACAUCUAAAUUAUUAUAUAUAAGUUAUCAUAUUUUGAUGAAAUAUUACAAAGACAUAUAAAACAUAUAUUUGGAAUAAUGUGCACCAAUGUUUUCACGUGUAGAAAACAUUGGUGCUGAGAAAGUAAAUGGGUCAAUCUUGAUUUCAUGUUGACUUUAACAGCUUGACUAGUUAGUGUCAUGCUAACUGGGGACUCAGUGUAAUUAGUCAGCUACUACAGUAGUUUGUGGAAGGAACCAUGGGAUAUUUGGAAAUAGAAAUACAGAUCUUCUGAUGUUUUGUAACGCUUGAGCUGAUCGUUAUAGAUCGCUUGAGAAGUUUGAAUCAAAGGACAGUAUUCUUCCGUUUACAUCACACAAGUGGCCUUAAAUAAGAACUACAUAACACAAAAGACAACUUUGAGUGUUAAAGGUGCUGUAAGCAAUUUUAGCCGUUCUACUUCCAUGAGACUGAGCCGUUGGAUUAGCCACAGCCCUUUUUUCUAAAACCCCACGCUCCAAAGAUACCAAAUGAGCUUUAUUGAGGCUGACAUCAUGCAGAAACUGUUGUUAAAAACAACAGCUGCAAAAUAGCGCCCUCAACAGACAACUGUUAUGAACAGCAUGGCAUAAAAAUGGCAGUAAGCCUCAAAAAUAAGCUGAAACUACAAUUCUAUGAGAACACACGUCAGAAAGCGUCAGAGGUCUGUGGACACAUAUUUGCUGUAUACAGAGUCUAGAACGAUCAAAGAGAUUGGUGAGAUAUCUCACGACACUUAUUUCAUUCAUAUGUUUCAGGGAGUAGGAACAUUUUUUGCACCUCUAAAGUGCAAACUCUGAUUUAGAAACGCACUUAGUCCUUUGAAAGUACUUUCAAUAAAUGAUUAAAAUAGAUAUACACUUUGCUUUACAAUAGUGAGAAUAAGUGAUGGCACUUUUCAAUGUGUGCUCUGAGUUGUCACAUGAUGCUUCUUUUAAUGCUUGUCAUAAUGUUAGACAUUAAUAACUUAGCUACAUAUUUUUAACACUAAACAUCUGCUGGCACAGAGAGACGUUUGUUUCAUGGUCAGUGUUGCUGGGUUGAUCCAAACAAAAUCAAGUUUGUUACAUACUGUGUAUUUAACUGGACUUUAGUUCUGUUUAAGCUGGAAGUUUUUUGACUGCAAAAUGUUUUACUUUGUUAACCGAGAUCUAAUAUUAUCAGAUCAGAUAGAUUGUAUUUAACUAUUUAACACCUUUUAUAAACCUUAAUUUUUAUACAUGAUAGUGGCAAGUACUAAAUUAUUGUUUUAUGUUUUUAUGUUGCCUGACUUUUUAUAAAACAUGAAAUGGAAA